GAGCCGAUGCAGGCUGACGAUGCGGAUGCCUCGAAGGUGGAGGAUACCCUGAGGUAUUUGAACGCCCAUGGCAACCUCAACAAGGAGCUGGAGGUGGAUUCCCUUGUGGCUCCGCUCUUGGACCUCGGUACAGACCAGGCGCUUGAAAUCUUGUCCCACCUGGAGCAGAAGAAUUCAGAA